ACAAUCAGACACUUGAUGGAAGCAGAGCGAGUCAAAGGCUUCUGCCAGAUCGUGGUGGCUGCCAAGGUCCGAGAGGGCACCUCCCACCUCAUUCAGUCCUGCGGGCUGGGGGGCAUGAAGCAUAACACUGUGGUGAUGGGUUGGCCUAGUGCCUGGCGCCAGAGCGAGGACUCCCGUUCUUGGAAGACCUUCAUUGGCACCGUCCGAGUGACCACAGCUGCUCACCUGGCCCUCCUCGUGGCCAAGAAUGUGGCCUUCUUCCCCAGCAAUGCGGAGCCCUUCACCGAGGGGAACAUUGAUGUCUGGUGGAUUGUUCACGACGGCGGGAUGCUGAUGCUGCUGCCUUUCCUUCUCAAGCAGCACAAGGUGUGGCGUAAAUGCAAAAUCCGCAUCUUCACAGUUGCCCAGCUGGAGGACAACAGCAUUCAGAUGAAGAAGGACCUGGCAACCUUCCUCUAUCACCUCCGUAUUGAGGCAGAGGUGGAAGUAGUGGAGAUGGUGAGACACAGAAAACAGUGGUAGGGGGAGGGUGAAGAAACAGGGAGAAGUUGGGAAUAUAGGGGUUGGUUUAUUGUUUUUUCCCCUGGCCCAGCUUAGAUGGGC